AUGGAUAUUGUCGAGAUCAAGAAAUAUAUCGAAGAGUCUCUAGAAGACGUCCAUUCGCUUGAAAGGGAUGUCGGGAGACUCGAAGAUGAGAAAAUAGCGCUAAUGGAACAGAUUAGGUUAUUAGAAGAGGAGAACUAUUCCGAGGCUAUCGCCAUUGACACUACCCCAACAAACACUACUGAUAUAGAAUCAACAAGAGCAACCAAUGAGAAUUCUGGAAAUAAUAAAAAGAAAAAUGGUGAUACACCACUUUUACAACACAAGUAUUUUGAUGAUUCGCUUUUAGAAUUCUUUGGCUCUAAUCAGUCUGAUGCAAUUGACAAGAACCAAAACAAAGAUGGUGACGUAGAUUGUGAGAAUGGGGAAAGAUCUAGAAAACGACGCAGAACGAUAAUCCCUGAAGGAAUCCACAACCUGGCGUUGUAUGAAAAUAUCUACCGAUUUGGAGGUAUAACGGCAUUCCCUAUAAAUAAAUAUUUGUUUGAUGAAAAUGAAGAGAUUCUAGGUUUACGAUUUGAUGUGUUUACAUUUCAGAAGUUCCAUACACCGCAUUACGUGAUAUUACGAAAGGAACCUUCAAAGGAUCAUGAUAAAUGGAGAGUGUUCAAGCAUACACUCCCGGUGUACGUUCCGAUACGGCAGUAUGAAGCCCAAUUGGAUGACAAUGAUGUCACAAUUGCUGCAUUUGCAAAGUCCAUUAGGACCUUUCUUGUUCUUAUACAAUACAAACAUGACAAGUUCAACCUGGUGAAUAAACUAGGGUUCAAAGUGAUUCCGGACUUGCAAUGUGAGCGAGUCAUUGUAGAAAAGGCUCUGAAACGAAUGGAACUUAUUUGCUCCAACGACCGAAUAGAUGAGGUGCACAUAACUCUGCAACUUUCAAAAGAACUAAAAUUAUACUAUGAAAGCAUGUUGAGAAAUUGUCCUAUUAAGGACUUGGUCAAGACAUUCAGGAAAAUUUCCAAAACGUAA